GUCGAUUGCACCCAACAUGAUAGCAACACCCCGAGCAGCAAGAGCAUCGCGCUCCAACGUCCUCACCCUCCUUCUCUUCGGUCUCAUAGCCCCCCCUUUCGCCUCCGCAGACAUCACCAUCGAUACCAAUCCUCAAACCACACCCGCUGCCGUCGUCGAAACCGUCUCCCUCCUCGACGCCAGCGGCAUCCCCAUCACCACCGCCAACGACCCCGCCGACAACGCCUGGUACGUCCCCCUGACGGGACCAGCCAGCUCCCCAACCGGCGCCUCUUGGGGUGCCCGCAUCCAGUACAGCAACGAUGCCCUAAACGAGAUUCUCCCCAUUGCCUUUGGCAGCCCCAGCAGCACCAGCAGCAACACCCCAAGCCAAACAGCCACACUCUCCUCCGCCAGCUCCCCAGACGAGCAGGAACAAGACGGCACGCUCGAAAUCCCUCUGACAUCCUCCUCCAUCCUCCUCGGCAAAGACAGCACUGUCACCAUCACAACCAUCAGCGACGAAGGCACAAACAUCACCUCCCUCUCCACCCUCCCGGUAGGCCUCAACCUCGGCCUCCAAGGCAAAUGGAACGGCUCCCUCGUCCUGGGCGGAAACUACGACUCCAACCGCAUCUACGACGAAUCCCACUGGCAGACCCUCUCCGAAACCAGCGCCGGAAACACCUCCUUCAUCACAACAGGCAUCGUAUCUGUCAGCGCCGUCGUGCUGCAACUCUACUCCUCCACCCCCAACGCCUCCGCCUCCGCAGCAUCCUACCCCUUCGACACCACCGACGUCCAAUCCACCACAAAAGACCUCCCCGCUGUCCUCAACUUCACCAGCGAAGUCAUCACCGUCCCAGAGGAGAAAUGGUGCGGACGUAACAUCUCCGUGCUGUUCAACCCGACCAGCGAGGAGUAUCCGGAAUUCGAGAUCCCGAUCUGGGCGGAGUUGAUCCCCGCGGGGGAACGGCCGUUUUUCCAGGCCGCGUAUUUUUCGAUAACAACGGAGAAUUUGGACGUGAAGACGAAGACGUUUGAUUUGCAUGUCGCGCUGUCGGAGGAUGCGACGAGUCUUAAUGGGACAGGAGGGAAUGGGACAGGAACGACGGGGUCUGGGAAGACGUCCGCCGGGGUGGGUGGUGAUUCGAUUCUUCGGGCCUUGCCCUGUAGAGCACUGGCUCUGUUGUUUAUUUCUACUACUUGA